AUGCCGUCUCGCUGGUGGUUAUACGUUCAGGCCGUCGUCUGGCGGUUCCUGAUGCGUCUGGGGAUGUUUUUUCACGCCAUUUCGUGGCCUCGUCCGCCUUGUCCGUCCUUCAUCCGGUCUUUUCCCCCGUCCCUGCCCUCGUCCUCCCGUGGCGGCAAAGUCGCUUUGCACUUCUACUGUCCUCCAGAUUACUAUCGACAUCGAAAGGUGGGCCAUCGUCUGCCUGUCGUCGUUAAUUUUCAUGGUGGAGGAUUCACUCUGGGCUGUCCGACCGACGACGGUCGCUGGGCCCGAUGCGUCCUCCAGGAAGUCGGGGCUGUCGUCGUCAGCGUCGGUUAUCGUCUAGCCCCCGAACAUCCCUUUCCUGCAGCGGUCGAUGACGGAGUCGAAGCCUUAUUGUAUCUUGCCUCUCAUGCUGCCGAAUUGGGAUUGGACGUUUCGCGUGUCGUGCUCACUGGCUUCUCGGCCGGCGGGAAUCUGGCUGUUACUGUGCCCUUGCGCCUGCGCAGUCUUUACCCCAAAGAACCUCGUGGGCCCAGCGUUGAACCGGGAGAAUCGACGCAGAGACUCGUCGAUACCAGUAACGAUCUCAACAUCGUUGGUCUUUUUUGCUGGUAUCCGGUCCUGGACUUUGAAGAGUCUCGUGACCACCGCCGGGCAAUGAGCGUUAUGCCAAGCAAGACACUUCCAGCCUUCUUUACCACGCUUUUUGAUGAAUCCUAUUUGCCAGAUCAUGAGGAUCGGAAAUCUCCGUACGCAUCGCCGGUUCGAGCGUCGGAUCAGAUUCUAGACGAUGCUCUCCCGCACGAUAUCUUCUUAUACAUCUGCGAAUGGGACAUGCUUGUCAAGGAGGGCCAGCAAUUCGUCCGCCGACUGGAAGGACUGGGCAAACGUGUUCGCGCCAUGAUGAUUGAAAAGGUACCACAUGCCUGGGACAAAUCCCCCAAUCCGUUCCGAGACCAGGACAAAAUCGAUAUCUUAUAUCGCGAUGCAUGUGGCGACAUAAGAGCAAUUUUCAGAAAAUAG